UUCUAUCACAGCGGAAUGGCUGAUUGGAUGUCAUUAAAUAAUAAUCCCAAAACCAGAUGAAUCGGAUGAAAGAUGAGAAAGCCUACAAGGGCUCCAGGAUCGAAUCCAAAGCGUCACAAGAAAAGCGCAGUGGGACUAAGGUUCUUUACUUCUGAACAAGGCAACCACAAAGUAUAAAGAAGAAUCGGGAGCGGUUCUGGGGCAUUCAGCUUUCUUUCCUUGGAACUUAGGACCAGUAAAGAAUCAAUCUUCAAUGGCUUUCCAUUAUAAAUUUUUCUUCCGCUUCUACUUCUCAUUUCCAAUGCCGUCCGAGCAAGAAACGACUGUUCUGGAAGUAAACCAGAAACUUCUCCGGGAGCUUGAAGAGAUGGGAUUCUCACUGGCCCGAUCAGCACGAGCACUGCACUAUUCUGGAAAUUCUAGCAUUGAGAAUGCUAUAAAUUGGAUCGUUGAUAAUGAGAAUGCUGCAGAUAUUGAUGAAAUGCCCUUGGUAGCAGUCAACAUUGAUAUUGAGUUUCCUGAACCAGAUUGUUCAACAGAAGAAAUCAAAAUGAAAGCACAGGAAUUGAGGGAUCGAGCUCGACAGAAGAAAGAAGAAGAAGAAAAGAAAUCAGACAGAGAAAGAGAAAAGGAAAGGAUUCGAGCAGGUAAAGAGUUAUUUGAAGCAAAGCGAACUGCAGAGGAGAAUGAAAGAAAACGCUUCAUAGCCCUGAGGAAAGCAGAGAAAGAGGGAAAAAGAGCUAGGGAGAGAGUUCUUCAAAGGCUAGAAGCAGAUAAGUUAGAAAGAAGACAGAAGCUUGGAAUUCCAUCAGAAAACUGUGCAGCUUUUAAUCGCUUGACACCUGUUGUGCAAGAUAAAAUGGACUCUUUGCCUAUUUUGUCUAUUACAAAGCUUGACAAUAUGAGAGAAUGUUUGAGGCAUCUCAGGCGCAAUUACAAGAAUGAGGAUGCAAGAGUCAAAAGGGCCUUCCAAACUCUGUUGAUUUAUGUGGGAAAUGUCGUAAAGAAUCCUAAUGAGGAAAAAUUCAGGAAGAUUCGACUGAGCAACCCAUUAUUCCAGGAACGAGUUGGAAGUUUGGAGGGAGGAACAGAAUUUCUCGAGCUUUGCGGGUUUGAGAGAAUUGAAGAGGACAGCUUCUUGUUUCUACCUCGUGACAAAGUUGACAUAGCAACAUUAAACUCAGCUGGGUCCCUAAUAAGAUCUGCAAUGACAAAUCCCUUCUUCGGACUUCUCAGUGGAUAAAAGUUAUUUAUUUCAUCAACCAGCCAUGUGACUCCGGUCCAAAAACUUGGAAGAAAAUUGGACACAGAAAAACUGAAAGAUCUUUCAUUAACUAUCAUAUUGUUUAUGCUUCUAAAAUUUGGAAAAAGAAUGUAAAAAAAAAAACCCAUCCCUGGAAAAUUAAA